UUCUUAAAUGAUUUCUUUUGCAAACCUAACGAAAGGUCCAUCUUUGGUUCAUGGUGUACUCUCUUUCUCCCGUGUUCAUCCCUUCCAUCUCCUGCAGAUAGAAAAGACUAAGGAGGGUCUGUGAGGUGUGACACACACACACAAAAAAAACACAGUGGCUGUGUUUUUGGCUCCUUGCAUGUGAGUCAAGUCAUUUGUGUACUUACCAUAGACCCCGGUUCCAACCAAGUCUUACAUACUUUUUCCUUCUUCAGUAUGAUGUUCUGUUCCACUGUCUCCACGGUCACUUUCCCCUGACCCACACACUGUUCAACACGCAUCACAUGAAACUAAUGCAAAUUUUGCAAGUAACGGAACCACACUAGAGAGACACUUCAUUCCUAUUUCUCUCACAUCACCGACCCCAGCAAGUUCAAUUUCACUGUGCCAUGCCAUGGACCUCCCCACCCAUAAAUUCUUCCAAUCUCCUUCUGCAUUGGCAGUGGCAGUGGCACCACAUGGGGAAGCACUCGCUGAGAGCAACGUGAACAUGUAUGGGAAAAGCAAAGACAACCCUUUUGCGGAUGAUUUCCCUGAUCCUCUUUGCAAGCUCAACCUGAAGGAAACCUCUGAGUUUGUCAAGUCUCUGCCUGUGCCCAGUGGCAGAGCCGAAAGCAGAGGCCACUCUGUUUCACAACAGAGGAGACUGUUGGAAGCUCCUUCUACUCCUGGAAGACCAGUUUUCUCCUUCAGUUCUGGCCUUCCGAGAAAGAGCUUCCCUUCCAAGUGGGAUGAUGCAGAGAAAUGGCUCAUGAGCACUUCUUGCCAUGACUCACCUGCUCACAACAACAUCAGCAACAACAACACACUCAAGGUUUCAGUCUCAGACUCUUCAAAGGUUGCAACCAGACAACAAUGUGAAGAUGUUGGCUUUAAGCAGCAAAUGGAAAAUUUCUCGGAGAAAUCAAGAGUCACUGAAGAAAGGGUGUCCAAAGCUGUCCCCAACUUCCACUGGUCUCCUUCGUUGGACCACCAGCAUAACACACUCGGUGCUUUCCAUGGUGUUAAAGACAUUGUACUCAAAGAUAAGUUCACAGACAGCAUAGAGCCUAUUUUGCCAAAUUUGAGAUAUUUAGAGCCAGCAAAGGAAGGGUUCUUGUUUAGGAACCAAGAUGGUGGUGGGGCAAUGCAAGAUGCUUGCACAGAAGUGGUUCAGCAUAGAGACAUUGGCACUGAGAUGACUCCUCUGGGAAGUUCCACAACUUCAAGAUGCCACACCCCAGUUAAGAUUUCAUCACCUCCUCGUCACAACACUCCUGCAAGUAGGUCAGGACCAUUGGCCUUGGCUACCACUGCAUGCACUCUUGAUGUCAUUCAGCUGGAAGAGUGCCAUUUUUCUAAACUGCAACUAGGAUCACAGUAUGACAUAGUCACUUCAAAUUGGAGCUCAAGUGAAGAGGAAGAAAAGGAAAUAUCAAAAAGCUUGAGGCACAAUGGGAGCCACAAAGCUGAUUCUGACUGCAUAGCUGCUUCAUGGGAAGAAGAGGAGAAAACCAAGUGUUGUUUAAGGUAUCAGAGAGAAGAAGCAAAAAUCCAAGCUUGGGUAAAUCUCCAAAGUGCUAAAGCAGAGGCCAGGUCAAGAAAGCUUGAGGUGAAAAUACAGAAAAUGAGAUCAAACCUUGAAGAGAAAUUGAUGAAGAGGAUGUCAGUGGUUCACAGAAAAGCUGAGGAGUGGAGAGCAGAAGCGAGACAGCAACACUUGGAGCAAAUUCAGAAAGCCACAGAGCAAGCUCAGAAGAUGAUUCAUAAACAUAACUCACAUUUUUCAAAGCCAAGUUCAUGUGGUUGCUUCCCUUGCAAUAACAAUCAUUGAACAACAUAGUGUUUUUAAUAGUGUUUAAAGAGACUUGUUAAGGGUGAAAAUAUUUAAUAAAAGCAAAUUUUGUUAUUUUGAAAUUUUAAAA